CUCAAGAAACACCGGGCAGAAACACCAACUCCUCGUCUGGACAUUUCUGUGAACGCACGUAAGGAAUCGGACAAAAGACCCUGAAGCGAAGGUAGCACAACAGAGACACCACGCCACCAGAGACAAGCCCGGGGCGCCUCUUCCCUCCCCACAAUGUACCGCGUUGCCGCGGGCCCCGCCCCGCGGGGGGCGGAGCUUAACUCUAUUUCCGGAUUGCAGGCGGAAGUGGGCGAAUUUGAAUCUGGUGGGCCGUUGGAUGGGGCUGCUCGAGGUAGGCUUUGCGGCUCUGCGAAAUAAGGGAAAGCUGACACGACCGCUCUGGAUCUUCUGCCCAGCGCACCUUGUAAAAUGAAUGAAAAUAAACUUGGUGCUUCACAGAAUCUUGUUGAUGUCAAGUGGAAUUUGGCAGAGAGGUAAAGAAGAAGAAGGAGUGUACGGUUUUCUAAUAGAAGACAUCAGGAAAGAAGUGAACAGAGCUUCUAAACUGAAAUGCUGUAUUUGCAAGAAGACUGGUGCUUCAAUUGGAUGUGUUGCACCCCGAUGUAAACGAAGUUAUCAUUUCCCAUGUGGACUUCAGAGAGAAUGUAUUUUCCAAUUUACUGGCAAUUUUGCAUCAUUUUGUUGGAACCAUCGACCUGUUCAAAUAAUUACAUCUAAUAAUUAUAGAGACUCCUUACCAUGUACCAUUUGCUUGGAAUUCAUUGAGCCUAUUCCAACUUAUAGUAUAUUACGAAGUCCUUGUUGUAAGAAUGCUUGGUUUCAUAGAGACUGUUUACAGGUUCAAGCAAUAAAUGCAGGAGUGUUUUUCUUUAGAUGCACAAUAUGCAAUAAUAGUGAUAUAUUUCAGAAAGAGAUGUUGAGAAUGGGAAUUCAUAUUCCUGAAAAAGAUGCAUCUUGGGAACUAGAGGAAAAUGCUUAUCAAGAGCUUCUGCAACACUAUGAGCAUUGUGAUGUCCGAAGAUGUCGUUGCAAAGAAGGACGAGACUAUAAUGCACCUGAUAGCAAAUGGGAAAUAAAGCGCUGUCAGUGUUGUGGUUCUAGCGGAACACAUUUAGCUUGUUCCUCAUUACGAUCAUGGGAACAAAACUGGGAGUGUUUGGAAUGUAGAGGUAUUCUCUACAAUUCAGAGGAUUUCCAAAAAGCCAAAAAGCAUACAUUACCCAACACUAAUAAUGUGGGAAUAACUGAUUGUUUAUUGGAAGAAUCAUCACCUAAAUUACCCAGACAGUCACCUGGACCCCAACAUAAAGAUCUACUGAGGCAAGGCAGCAAAUUUAGAAGAGAUAUAUCAACAAUAAUAAUGGAAUUAGGAUUUCAAAUUAAAAAAAAAACUAAAAGAUUAUGGAUUAAUAAAGCCAAUAUCUGGAGUAGUGCCUUAGAUGGAUUCAGAAAUCAAAACUUUAAUCCUUCAUAUACAAUUGAAGUAGCAUAUGUUAAUGAAAAUGAUAAUUUUGGAAGAGAGCAUCCUGGAUCAAAGCAAGAAUUCCUAAGUCUCUUAAUGCAGCAUCUUGAGAAUUCACCAAUAUUUGAAGGGUCCUUGUCAAAGAAUUUGUCUCUAAAUUCUCAAGCUCUGAAAGAAAAUCUUUAUUAUGAAGCUGGAAAAAUCCUUGCCAUUUCUUUGGUUCAUGGUGGUCCUUCACCUGGUUUCUUUUCUAAAACCUUGUUUAACUGUCUUGUUUAUGGACCAGAAAAUACCCAACCAAUUUUAGACGAUGUUUCAGACUUUGAUGUGGCACAAAUUGUAAUCAGGGUAAAUACUGCAACAACAGUGGCUGACUUAAACUCAAUAGUAAAUGAAUGCUAUAACUACCUAGAGCUUAUUGGGUGUCUAAGACUUAUAACAUCAAUAAGUGACAAAUAUAUGUUAGCAAAAGAUAUACUAGUUUACCAUGUAAUUAAGAGAGUCCAAGCACCCUUUGAAAGUUUUAAGCAGGGUCUGAAAACUCUUGGUGUUUUGGAGAAAAUUCAGACUUACCCAGAAGCAUUUUGUAGCAUCUUCUGUCAUAAACCUGAGACUCUUUCUGCAAAAAUCCUUAGUGAUCUUUUUACAGUACGCACAUUAUCUGAUGUACAGGCUUUGGGAUUUUGGAACAGUUACUUACAGGCUGUUGAGGAUGGUAAAUCUGCAAUAACAAUGGAAGACAUUCUUAUUUUUGCAACUGGUUGCAGUUCCAUUCCACCUGCUGGAUUUAAACCCACUCCUUCAAUUGAGUGUCUUCAUAUGGAUUUUCCUGUUGGAAACAAGUGUAAUAACUGUUUAGCUCUUCCAAUCACCAAUACAUACCAAGAAUUUCAACAAAAUAUGGACUUUGCCAUAAGAAACACUCUAAGACUAGAAAAGGAAGAAAGUUCUCACUACAUUGGACAUUAAAUGUUUUGAAAAAAGAUAUGCUUCUUCAAAAGCUGCUAUUGAUAACGUUUUAUUUCAGAAAUCACCAUCAUCAUUUUUGAACAAACUUGUCAGCUUCUUGGCCCAAUAAAAUUUAUGAUAAUGAACGUAAAGGAAUGUUUUGGCCGUUUAAGCUAAAAACUUUUUUUGUUAAAGUAUACUAGUCAAAGUUGAUGAUAUUCUUCUAUUUUCUUAAAAUACAUGCUUCAUAAACUUUAAUAUAAAUAGUUUAAAACAGCUGUACAGACUUUUUUCAAGUAUAAAAGCAUGGUAUAUAUAUGUGUGUGUAUAUAUAUAUAUGGGGAAAAAAGUUGUAUUCACUAUUUCUGCAAAUUAGUAUUAGCUAUAGAAUGCCACAAUGGUUUUUCUAGUUUUACGUAAUUUUCAAAUUAUUCCUUAUUUUAUUUUAAAGCAUUAAAUAGAAAAGCUAAUUGAUAAAUCCUGUUAUAUAAAUCAAAGGCAUAUAUUCUGGGGAAUGUGUUAUAAGUAUUUUUUCCUAGGAUGGCACUAAAUUGGUUAAAAAUGCUUUUAGAUUACUGGUUUAUAUUAAAACAGACCCUCACUGCAAUUAGAUUAUGCCUAAUGGGAAGUAUUAUAUGAAAAGCAGAAUUGCACAAAUAUUCUAGAAUCUAUGGACGUUCCAUAUAGUCUUAAGAACACUUCUCAGGCAGAUAAAAUACAGUUGAAAAUACCUAAGAAAGUGUCUUCUUUAAAGCCUUGGCUUUAAUCAUAAGAUUUUUUUUUCUGUAUCCCCUGUGUGGUAUUAAACCAUAUUAAGUCUGA